GGAGCCCCGACGUAUAAAUUGGGCCGUCCAACUUUUUCUCUGUUACACUGUGUGUGGUUGAGGGACAGGUUGGACCAGAAACAUGUCGCAGUACUCUGGAAAGAUCACCUUCUACGAGGGGCGGUGCUUCACCGGCAGGAAGCUGGAGGUCAGAGGUGACUGUGAUAACUUCCAGGACCGCGGCUUCAUGAACAGAGUGAACUCCAUCCGGGUGGAGAGCGGAGCCUGGAUCUGCUACGACCAUCCGGACUUCAGGGGGCAGCAGUACAUCCUGGAGCACGGAGAAUACCCAGAGUUCCAGAGGUGGAACUCCCACAACGACCACAUGGGAUCCUGCAAGCCCAUCCGCAUGCAUGGAGAGCACUACCGCAUCGAGCUGUUCGAGGCCUGCAACUUCUCCGGUCAGUGCAUGGACAUCUGCGACGACUGUCCCUUCCUGCAGAGCCGCGGCUUCUCCAAGAGCUGCAUCAACUCCGUCAGGGUCUACGGAGACGGAGCCUGGGUGAUGUACGAGGAGCCCAACUUCCGGGGCCGGAUGUACAUCGUGGAGCGCGGGAACUACUGCAGCCCGACGGAGUGGCAGGCCCAGAACCCCAACAUCCAGUCCAUCCGCAGAGUCGUCAACUACUUCUGAGCCUUCCUCCUCCUCCUUCUCCUCUUCCUCAGCAGGCAGAUCAAUAAACUGAGAGGAAUCCAGUUUUUUAUCAAA